GUGCCACAUCAUCAUAGUGUGAACUCAAAUUUAAGAAAUAAAAACAUGAAAUUUAUAUCUUAGUACUUUUUUUAUGUUUUAGUCAUAUUUAAAAUCAUUUAUCUAAUAAAGUACGGAGUAUUGAACAAAGGAGAAUCAACUAAAGCAUCCGUCUUCUCCAAUUCCUCCGCAGAUACAAGCGAAAAUGAGCAGCAUUCCCGUCUCACUCGCUCUGUUCGUUCCAGUGCCCCCUUCGAGAAGCCGGACCAAAUCUCAGACUCCGCCGGAAACUCUCCGCCCCGGGAUCCGAAAAUCGGCAUUGAAAAUUUGCUGUAAACGAACGGAUAACUAUUCUGGAAGCACCAAAACCGAGGCGGGUCAUCUCCAACUCUCGGUUCUUCGUUUCACUCUCGGAAUACCUGGACUGGAUGAAUCGUACUUACCGAGAUAUAUAGGGUACAUACUUGGUUCAUUGCUAUUGUUGAACCACUUUAUUGGCUCGGAUUCUUCCACCAUCACAGCAGCCCAGCUGAGAACAGAGGUUUUAGGCCUUUCUCUAGCUGCAUUUUCUGUAGUUAUCCCCUACCUUGGGACAUUUCUAAAGGGUGCUCUUCUUCAUGAUGAAAGGAAUCUUCCUGAAGACGCGAACCAAAUCUUUGUCAUCUCGCAAAAUGUUCCAGAUCCUCUCAAGGAGGAUUUGGCUUGGGGAACAUAUACUCUGUUGCGCAAUACAAACACCUUUUCUGUGCUUAUCUCAGCGCAAGAUGCAUUGUGUGUGCGUGGCUACUGGAAAACUCCUCAAGAUGUAUCAAAAGAUGAUGUAUGUAAUUGGGUUGAGAAACAGAUUCUGCAACUUGGUCUUAUAAGCUUGAAGGAUACACUUUAUUUUCCGCAAACUACUGAUUCUGCACUUCGGGAGCUGCUUCCCAAGGGGACUCAAUCCCUCCUAGUACAGCCACUGAUGUGUUCUCCUUAUCCAAGUGACAAGGACCCUGCAAAAAGUGAGGGCUUUGUCCUGGUAGCUUCUGGAAGCAAUUUUGCUUAUGACGAUAAAGACAGAGGCUGGAUUAAAGCAGUUGCUGCAAAAUUUAUACUUUAUAGAUACCUAAAGCUGGAUUCCCUACAUGCUGGUCUGGUCAAGACUUAAGAAAGUCACCUUGGCGGCAUUACCAUUAACUGUGGUAUUAUGAAUCGUCUGUUCAUGGAGGCAACCACACUGUACAAUAGCAAUAGGAUCAACACCCCAACACAAGUAGAGAAAGCAUAUGGUUUCAAGGAAAAAUGAAAAAAAAGCCAAAAAAAUUUAUGAACCUAGAAGGAUGUCACGACCUAGUGCUGAAAUGGAAGGUGUAAAGAGGAAAUAUACUAGAAAAAAUAGGAUUGGGCAGUCUCCUGGUUUGGCUAUUAGGUCAGGAAAUAUGCCUGAGCCUUCAGCAUUUAACCCUCAAACUCAGCUCCUAAUUUCUUAGCUGAGGGAAGAAAGAGAAAAGAUGAAAGGGGACAGAUUCUUGAAGGCAAUAAGAAGGUAAUUGCUUUUGUUAGUUCCCUAGAUUACAUUGGUAAGCAAACAAUUGAUCAUGCUCAGCAACUUCAAAAGGAUUUCUCGAAUAACUUGAGUCUGGACAUGAAAUCAAUGGAGUCAAGUCACAACCUCAAUGAAAGCCAAGAUAUGACAGGUGUGACCAAUUAAAAUGGAUGUCGUAGAACCUCUUUGCGACUUUAACAGAAGAAGAAAUUGCAAGUUGGUUGCCUAGAUGACAUUUACAACCAGACAAUUGAUCAUGUAACGGAGUCAUGGAAUGAGUUCGUGAAUAACUUGAGUUUAGAUUUGAACCAAUAGAGUCAAGUCACAACUUCAAUGGAGGUAAAGAGAUGAUGCGUAUAAUCAAUCAAAAUGAAUGCCAAAAUACUUCUUUGCGAGUUUAUCAAAGAAUAAAUUGUGAGUUUACAAAUGUCAUCCCCAGUAACAACUCGCAAUUUCUUCCUUUGGUAAACUCGCAAGGAGGUACUUUGGCAUCCAUUUUGAUUGAUUAUGCGUGUCAUCUCUUUGCCUCCAUUGAGGUUGUUAUUCAAAAAAUCAUUCCAGGUUCCCUUGCAUGAUCAAUUGCCUGCUUGGAGAUGUCAUGUGAGGAACAAACUUGCAAUUUCCUCCUCAGGUAAACAUGCAAAGAGGUACUUCGACACCCAUUUUGAUUGCGCGCGCCUGUCAUCUCUUUGCUUCCAUUGAGAUUGUGACUUGACUUCGAUAGGAUUGGUGGCACCUAACAUGUUGCUUUGGAUAUAAUUCUUUGUAAGUUUUAAAUAAAUUUUGUGUUUGUCAAUUAUAGUUUUUAAAAAAUCAAUGUCUGUCUUUUAU